AAGUCUGUGGCGGUUGACUUUGUGUGUAGAUAUGGUAUAUAUACGAGUGGCUGCUAACUAAAUAUAUAGUUGUAUUUCGUCAUCGCAAGCCACCGCCAUGGGAACGCAUUUGAAAAAAAUAUUGCUGAUUGGCGCCUGCAUCAUUGGCUGCAUUUCCAUUUUGUUUAUGCUCGUUUGUCGUUUACUGCAAGACAAUAUUCCCAAUGUAUUGCCAAUAAAAGACAGAGAAUUUACAUUCGACUAUGUGAUAGUUGGGGCUGGAACAGCAGGAUCAACGCUUGCCUCUUUAUUGGUUAAACACACCAAUGGCAGUGUAUUGUUGAUUGAGGCUGGCGGCUCUUUUGGCUAUCUCAGCCGCAUCCCCAUACUCACCACAUUUCAGCAGAAGGGCAUCAACGACUGGUCCUUUCUUUCAAUGCCUCAAAAGCACUCUUCCAGGGGAUUGAUCGAAAGGCGGCAAUGUCUGCCCAGAGGCAAGGGUUUGGGUGGCUCAGCAAAUUUGAACUACAUGCUGCACUUUGAUGGCCAUGGCCCUGACUUUGAUUCGUGGCGCGAUAUGCACAAUUUAAGCGAUUGGAGCUGGAAGUACAUGCGUCCAUUUAUGAUGGCCGCCAAAUCGAAGGCUACUGAACUGUUUGAGAUACCAAGGAGCUACUCCGCGCUAUCGCAAGCUUUAAAUGAAGCUGAAUCUCAGUUUGCAAAUAAGCCAUGGAAAUUUCGUCGCUCCGUGUACAACAUAAAGAAUGGACUACGGCACUCGGUGCUCAAAAAGUUUCUGCUGCCUGUGCUUAGGAGCGUCAAUCUGCGUCUGCUGCCUCAGGCUCUAGUCAAGCGAAUUCAGCUGGCUGCCAAGCCCACAUUAGGAGCAAGCUCAAUUCUAGUGGGUGUAAAGAACGAGGACAACAAAGAGCUGGAGCUCAAUAUUAAAGUGCGCCGUGAGUUAUUGUUAUGUGCAGGCGCCUACCAAACUCCUCAACUUUUGCUGGCCUCUGGCAUUGGCGAACGCACAGAGUUGGCUAAGUUGCAAUUGCCGUUGCAGCAUCACUUGCCACUGGUGGGGCACGGUCUGCACGAUCAUUUCAAUCUGCCAUUGUUUGUCUCCAUUGGCAUAGUUGGACCCACUCUCAACCAGCAAACGUUUCUUAGUCCGCUCAAUUUAUUUAAUUACUUAAGCAGCGGCACUGGAGCUUUUGGAAAUUUUGGUGUUGUGGGCCAUGUGUCUGGCCAUGAGAAUCCUUUGCCAUUUGGCAUCACUUUCUUUGGUGCUGGCGCCAUUGAUGAAAGUGCUUUGAUGUCUAUUUCCAAUUUUAAACGUGAAGCAUUUCGGGCACUCUUUCCGCGCUAUCACAAUGCGUCGCAAGAGGGGUUUGUGGUCAUUUCCAGUUGUCUACAGCCCAAGUCCAGGGGCACUGUAUCGUUGUUGCACAAGAACAUGCGCAGAAAUCCACAAAUAGAUCCCAAUUAUUUGAGCGACCAGCAGGAUGUGGCAUGCACCAUGGCAGCUAUAAGGAAUGCUGUUAAGUUGGUCACCUCGGCUUCUUUUGCCAAAUUGCAACCGCGCAUUCAUUGGCCCAAGCUGCAGGAAUGCGCCAACUUUGGACCAUUUGAAAGAGAUUUUGUGCAGAAUCAACCCUCGGAUCUUUAUUUGGAAUGUUUAAUGCGACAUGUUGGUCUCGGCUCACAUCAUCCAGGUGGUAGUUGUGCUUUAGGCAGCGUUGUCGACUCGCAACUUAGACUAUAUGGUGUUCCCAAUGUGCGUAUAGUCGAUGCAAGCGUGUUGCCCCGGCCAAUCUCAGGUAAUCCUAACACAGCUAUUGCUGCAAUAGCCAUGCGCGCAGCUUCUUGGAUAUUGAAGGAUGAGCUACGCGAUUUUAGUUAAGCCGACUAAAAUGCCCUUUUACGCAUUAUUUACUACAUAUGUAGCUAAAACUUACUAUGACAUUUUUUUUUUCUUUUUUUUUGGCUUUAACACGAUCACUUUCUUUGCAAUAGUUUCCAUACAAUAUUCAGUGAUAUUUUUGUAUUAAAAUUAUUGAAAAACACGUUCAAUUAAAUGUUUUAAGUAAUGUCGCAGAU